AUGGACAGCUUUCGCCUCACGGAAAAAGACGAGGCGCGAUGUUCCUUUGGUGACCCCAAACGUUCCCGAGAUGCCCACGAUAAUAGAAUGGAACAUUUUAACGUUGAUAUACGAAAGAACAGUGCCCUUAGGAAUCGGUCGCUUGUUUGUGGCUGUCUUACGGGAUUCACGUGCGCGGCCGGUGCCAUCGGUGCUUUGGCUGGCAUGUACCGCUCAAGUUUGGGAUCCACUUCACAGGAUAAGCGUUUCGCUCCGCUGCUAAUUGCACAUGCCUUUUCGGGCGGCGUGGGUAUCGCCUUUACGGUAUGCCGCUCCCUGCUAUUUGAAAGAGCGGUGUACGAAGUGGAACUUCAGCGUGAACUUUGGGAAAUUGACAACCAUAUCGCUGGAGAAAUACAAGAGAUGGUUGCAAUUUACAGAGCGCAAGGGCUCCUGGAGGAGGAAGCGCAUAUGAUCACGCGCAUUUUCGCGAAGCAUCGAGAAGCCUUUGCAAAUCUAAUGAUGGUUGAAGAACUUGGGUAUUCCCGCCUCGAGCCACCAGCGGGGUGGGAAGCGGUAGUGGAUGCUGCUAUUCCCUCCUCUAUUGGAUAUACGUUGGGGUGGGUUCUUCCACUUUUGCCUUUUAUGGGUUCUGAACUUAGUUCAGCGCGCAGUGAACUCGUUGCCCUGUGCACUUUAGCGGCGGGGAUUUUUGUUGUAAGCGUCGGGCAGUCGGAGGUCUUCUUUGGGAGUUAUGCCAACGUGUGGAAGGCGGUGGGAGCGACCGUAUGGAAUUUAUCAGCUGCGGGUCUCACAUACGGUGCCACGCGUUUCAUGGCUUGUCGUAGCGGUGUGUGA